AUGAAGCCAGUGCAGGUUGUCACACUUUGGUGGGUGCUACUGCUGGUGUCCAGGCUGGGGGCCGCCAGGAAGGGAUCCCCAGAAGAGGCCUCCUUCUACUAUGGAACCUUCCCACUUGGCUUCUCCUGGGGCGUGGGCAGUUCUGCCUUCCAGACAGAGGGAGCGUGGGACCAGGAUGGCAAAGGGCCCAGCAUCUGGGAUGCCUUCACGCACAGCGGGAAGGGGAAGGUGCUUGGGGAUGAGACAGCAGAUGUGGCUUGUGAUGGUUACUAUAAGGUACAGGAGGACAUCAUCCUGCUGAGGGAGCUGCGCGUGAGCCACUACCGAUUUUCCCUGUCCUGGCCUCGGCUCCUUCCCACAGGUGUCCGAGCUGACAAGGUGAACAAGAGGGGAAUCAAAUUCUACAGCGACUUCAUCGACGCCCUCCUGAAGAGCAACAUCACCCCCAUCGUGACCUUGCACCACUGGGAUCUCCCGCAGCUGCUCCAGGUCAAGUACGGCGGAUGGCAGAAUGGGAGCAUGGUCAACUACUUCGGUGAUUACGCCGAUCUGUGCUUUGAGGCCUUUGGGGACCGGGUGAAGCACUGGAUCACUUUCAGUGAUCCUCGGACAAUGGCAGAAAAAGGCUUCGAGACGGGCCACCACGCUCCAGGCUUGCAACUCCAUGGCACGGGCCUGUACAGGGCAGCACACCACAUCAUUAAGGCCCACGCCCAGGCCUGGCAUUCCUACAACAGCACGUGGCGCGCCAAGCAGCGAGGUCUGGUGGGGAUCUCACUAAACUGCGACUGGGGAGAGCCCGUGGACGUCAGUAGCCCCAAGGACAUAGAAGCCGCCGAGAGAUACCUACAGUUCUGCCUCGGCUGGUUCGCCAACCCCAUCUACGCCGGAGACUACCCCCAGGUCAUGAAGGAGCGGAUCGGGAAAAAGAGUGUGGAGCAAGGCCUGGAUAUGUCAAGGUUACCAGUGUUCUCACUCCAGGAAAAGAGCUACAUUAAAGGCACAUCUGAUUUCUUGGGAUUAGGUCAUUUUACUACUCGGUACAUCACCGAAAGGAACUACCCCUCCCGCCAGGGGCCCAGCUAUCAGAAUGAUCGUGAUUUAGUAGAACUGGUUGACCCAAACUGGCCUGAUCUGGGGUCUAAAUGGCUAUAUUCUGUGCCAUGGGGAUUUAGGAGGCUCCUCCACUUUGCUCAGACUCAAUAUGGCAAUCCUCCCAUCUAUGUGACAGAAAACGGCGCGUCUCAAAAAUUACACUGUACGCAAUUAUGUGAUGAGUGGAGAAUUCAAUACCUUAAGGGCUACAUAAAUGAAAUGCUAAAAGCUAUAAAAGAUGGUGCUAAUAUAAAAGGGUAUACUUCCUGGUCUUUGUUGGAUAAGUUUGAAUGGGAGAAAGGAUACUCUGAUAGAUACGGAUUCUACUAUGUUGAAUUUAACAACCGAAAUAAGCCGCGCUACCCAAAGGCAUCAGUUCAAUAUUACCAGAAGAUUAUCACUGCCAAUGGAUUUCCCAAUCCAAGAGAGGUGGAAAGUUGGUAUCUCAAAGCCUUGGAAACUUGCUCUAUCAACAACCAGAUGCUUGCUGCAGAGCCUCUGCUAAGUCACAUGCAGAUGGUGACAGAGAUCGUGGUACCUACAGUCUGCACCCUCUGUGUACUCAUCUCUGCAGUUCUCCUGAUGCUCCUCCUACGGAGCCAGAGCUGA